UUGUAUUUUGUCAUGUUGAAAUGGGUUUGUGCAUUAUUGUGCGUGCAUCGUGUAAUAAGAGGCUCGACAUUUGCCCGGGCUGUCGGGCGACCUUUUGUUAGCUGUCCGUCUGGCAUGUCGUAUUCAUGGACUGGAGUGCAGUGUGUGUGGAGCACGCACGGCUCAGUGUCAUACUGGCCUGCCGUGUUGUUCGAGAAACACUACAACUUGUACAAUCUUGAAUCAUGUGGUAAUCCCUGAAGCAGCUGUUCCUAAUUAUCCCUGUGUCUUGACACUGACAGCGCAGGUGAAGGUCAAGGUGCAGACAGUGUAACACUAACACUUAGUAACAGAAAGUCAUACUAAUGGCAGUGCGUGUACUCAGCUCUGUCUUCUCAACUAGCUACCUGUACCAGUGUUUAAAGUCUGCAUAUAGCUGAGAAUACCAUGGGAUUAAGACAAAGCAAAUCUAAAACAAACUCUACCAAGUCUGCGAAAUAUAUGUCAUCCAUUCCGGAGCCAGCAUCAGAUGAAGUGAAACGUUAUGAUCCAGUCCACACUGAUGCAGUCCUGUCUGUCAGUUGCCUUGGCAACAAUGGAUUCCUGUCGGCUGGAGCAGAUCAGACCAUUGUGUCAUACCAAUGGCAAGAAGGCAAAGUAUUGCAGAAAUGGACAGGACAUUGCAGAGACGUGACUAAGGUUGCCUAUUCUCAGGCUUUGGAUCGUGUGUUCAGUGGAUCAAGGGACAAGACUGCCAAGAUGUGGACAAGAGAGGGAGCUGCAGGCACCACAGUCAACGAGGCCAUUCUUACUUUUGUCGGCCAUAAUCUAGUGGUCAAUGGACUUGCUUCAGUGGAUGUUUCAAGACGGUUAUGCACAGGAGGGCGGGAUAACUCGGUCAGACUGUGGGACACAGAGACAGGUGGGUGCAUCAAAGAAGUCACAACCUCACGCAAUCUAGUGACACACAUGGUGACAAUACCCAGGACAGAGAUGGUAAUACAGUCCAGCGAAGACAAGUCAAUCAGAAUAUGGGACACAAGGACACUGGAAGAGAGUAGUGUAUCCAACAAGAAGAGCUAUAUACAGACAUGUUGUGAUGUCAGGUCAGAUGGGACCUACUGCCUUUCUUGCAGCAAUGGCUUCAGUGGACAAGGUUGUGAAGCAUCGAUAUGGGACUUGAGGAGCUUGAGAGAUCCCCUUCGAGAGUUCAAAGGUCACAGCCAGACUGCCAGUGGUUGCUGCUUCCUUCAUGCACAAAGCAAUUCCAGUCCCAUGUUUCUCACAUGUUCUCAUGAUCAGACUGUCAAGCUCUGGGACCAAUCAUCAGGAGAUUGUCUAUGUACUGUGUCAUUGUCAGGAUCCAAACAGCUCACAUCAAUUACUGCUAAUACAGACGGAAGCAUAUGUGUUGGAAGCUUUGAAACUGGAGUUCAAAUUCUAUCUAUCGGUCAGGAUUGCAAUGGAUUGUGGGAUAUGAAGCCUGUCGCACAGUACUGAAUCAUUUUCUUGCGCUAUUUCAAAGUAGAGUCGCUGUUGAUCUAUAUUUUAUCGAGAGUAGCCUGCUGACGAUCACCCUGGUUUGCACAACAUCACUGCCUCCUUGAAUGCACUACACCACAUCCAUACACUACUAUGUGAGUUGAGUGUUUAAUUACAUGAUAAUGUACAUGUGGGACUUACUGUAAUGUCUCCAUUUGAAAUAGGUGACACCAGUAUGAACCUGUGGAAUUAAUGAAGGCCAGACUCUGGUUGUGAAUGCAACACCUUGCCUGUUGCCUGCUAUAAGGCCACUAGCUGUGGCCAUUGGUAAUAUAUUGCUAUAAUGGUCCUGUUGUAAGUCAAUUUUGCAUCCCAUUUAUUUAUUUCCAUGUCAACAUAAAAACAAAAUUAUGAAAUCUUCAAUACAAAGAUAUGGAAUGAGAUAUCUGAAGUGGGAGGAUCAUGAAUAGCACAUAAAGGACUCGUUAAAAAUGAUCCUCACAAAAUUGUACAAAAUAAUAAUAACUUUGGUACAUAAUUUACAUAAAAUCAAGAUUCACAAAAAAGGGAGGAUGAAGAAAAUAAAGAGAAGGAGGACAAAUAUUGCAUAAACAUUGACAUUUUUAGUACUGGUAUAAGAAUUUUUUUCAAAAAAAAAUUGCUUAUAUAGUUGUUUAACUUGGCUAAUUGUCUUAGGAAGGUUAUUCUAUAAAACUGAGCCGUUGUAGAAGAGAACAUUAGGAGGACAUUUUUGUUAUUGCUUGAUGUGAAGUUUGCCUUUUUCAUGUUUGUGAAUCAGAAUCCUUGCCUGUGACUAUAUUUUUGUGAAAAGCGAACAAGAAUGCACAUGCGUGUAAAAUUCACCUGUCUUUGUAUUCACUAUGUAUCACAUAGAAAAAUCACCUUGAAAUCAAUUGCCGGUACAUUAAAUUCAGACAAAAUACAUCGUGGAUAGUAAUGUUUAAAACAUGUAUUGAAGUGUUAAAGUGAAUAGUAUUGGAAAAUGCAAACGUAUCACAU